AUGAAUUCUUGUGUUGGUUCAAAGAUCAUCUAAAGGGGUGAAUUGAAAAAUGGUAAGAGAGUAAAUAGAUGGGAUAUUUUGUAUGAAGAGGAAUUGAUGUAAGAAAUUAAAACUUGAAUAUUUUAUAGUGGUGGUGGAUUCUAUGAUGAAGAAGGAGAUAAGAAUGGGAAAUGGAUUGAUAUUAAUGAUUUUUUUUCAGAGAAUUCAUAAGUAAUUAUAACAGGUGAAUAUAAAAAUGGGAAAAAGAUUGGUAGAUGGGAUAUUUUGUAUAGGGAUAAUGUGUAUCAAUAAUUUAAAUAGAUGUAACCAAUAUUCUAAUAGUGAAAUUUUUUAGUGGUGGUGGAUCUUAUGAUGAAGCAUGUGAUGGUAUUAAGAUAGGAAUAUGGAAUGAGAUUAGUGAUUGGUUUUGGGCAAACUCAUAAGUAAUUAUAACAGGUGAAUAUAAAAAUGGAAAAAAGAUUGGGAGGUGGGAUAUUUUUUAUAGAAUGAAUGUGUAUCAAUAAUUUAAAUAGAUGUAACCAAUAUUCUAAUAGUGAACUUUUUUAGUGGUGGUGGAUCUUAUGAUGAAGCAGGUAAUAAGAAUGAGAAGUGGAUUGAUAUUAGUGAUGGGUUUUUAGUGUUUAAAUAAGUGACUUAUAAUGGGGAAUAUAAAAAUGGGAAAAAAGUUGGAAAAUGGGAUAUUUGGUUUAAAGAUUGUAAAGAAAAUAAUAAAAUGUAAAAAUAUCAUUUAAUCUUGUAGUGGCGGAGGAUCAUAUGAUGAUGAAGGGAAUGGCAUGAAGGUUGGCGAAUGGAUUGAUAUAAAUGAAGAAUUUGAUUAAAGGCAUCAAAUUACUUAUAAUGGUGAAUACAAAAAUGGGUAGAAGAUAGGCUUAUGGAAAAUAAGUAAAAGAGAAAAUAACAUAUUGAAAUUACAGUAUUUAAUAAUUCUAUUUUAAUAGCGGUUGUAUUAAUUAUGAUCUGAAUGGCUAAGAGAUUUUUAGAAGCGGAGAGUAUUUCUUGUUCUUUUAUAACUUAGAAAUUCGAAGCUUAUUCAUAUGGGUGAGUUUAAUGAUGGUAAGAAGGUUGGACCCUGGAAGAUUUGGUUCAAAGAGUAUAAAACAUACAAACAUAUGUAAUAAAGUGAAUUAAAGUAUAAUUAGAGGUGGAGGAUCAUAUGAUGAACAAGGUAAUGGCACAAAGAUUGGAAAAUGGAUUGACUUAGAUGAUAAAUUUGAUAAUAAAAUAUAAAUACUAUAUGUAGGGGAAUAUGAAAAUGGUUAGAAGGUUGGUAGAUGGAAUAAUGUUUGGUAUGAGAAAUAUGAAAUGUAUUGAUUAUUUAAAGUACCAUUUCUUUUAGCGGUGGAGGAUCAUAUGAUGAAUAAGGCAAUGGCACAAAGGUUGGGAAAUGGAUUGACUCAGAUGAUAAAUUUGAGUAUAAAAAAUAAAUAACUUAUAUUGGGUAAUAUGAGAAUGGUUAAAAAGUUGGAAGUUGGGAUAUUGUUUGGUUUUGUGGAUAAUCAAUGUAAUAAAUUGUAUAAAUAGUACAAAUCGUUUAUAGUGGUGGUGGAUCAUAUGAUCAAAAUGGUUAUGGUAUAAAGGUUGGAUAAUGGAUUGAUUUAGAUGAUGGAUUCGACUAAUCAAAAUAAGUUACAUAUAAUGGUGAAUAUAAAAACGGUAAAAAAGUUGGUAGGUGGAAUAUAAAUUGGAGUAAAGGAUAAUAAAUGUAAUAAAGAUUAUAUAAAGUUCAAUAUGUUUAGUGGUGGUGGAUUUUAUGAUGAAGGAGGUGAUGAAAUUAAGUAAGGAUAGUGGAUUGAAAUGAUUGAUGAUUUUAAAUUUGAUUUAUAAGUAACUAGUGAUGGCGAAUACAAAAAUGGGUAGAAGAUAGGCUUAUGGAAAAUAAGUAAAAGAGAAAAUAACAUAUUGAAAUUACAGUAUUUAAUAAUUCUAUUUUAAUAGCGGUUGUAUUAAUUAUGAUCUGAAUGGCUAAGAGAUUUUUAGAAGCGGAGAGUAUUUCUUGUUCUUAAAUAUUUUAGAUAUUAAACUUUUAUUCAUAUGGGUGAAUUUAAUAAUGGCAAAAAGGUUGGACCCUGGAAGAUUUGGUUCAAAGAGAAUGAAAAAUACAACUAGAUGUAAUAAUGUGAAUAUUCAAUGUAAUUAGAGGUGGAGGGUCAUACGAUUAAGAAGGCCAAGAAAUAAAGAUUGGUAAAUGGAUUGUUUUGGGAGAUCACUUUGAAAAAUCGAAAUAAGUAACCUUCGUUGGUGAAUAUCAAAAUGGAAAAAAAGUUGGAAGAUGGGAUAUUUGGUUUAAAUAAUAUGGGGAGGAUAAAGAAAAUAAUUAAAUGUAAUAGUAAAAUCAGCAAAUUAUUAUAGUGGUGGUGGGUCAUAUGAUAAUGGAGGCAAUGGAGUUAAAGUUGGUAUGUGGAAAGAAUUGGAUGAUAAGUAAAAAGAAAUACCUUAUAUUGGUGAAUAUAAAAAUGGGAAAAAAGUAGGUAGAUGGGAUAGCAACCUUCUCAAUGAAGUGAUGUAAAAAUUAAAUAAUUGUAACAUUUCUUAGCGGAGGCGGAUCAUAUGAUGAGGAUGGAAAUAACAAUAAAAUUGGGUAGUGGACUGAAUAGGGUUUUACAUUUAAUAAUCAUAAUCUAAUAUUGUAUAUGGGUGAAUAUAAGAAUAGUUAAAAGGUUGGUAGAUGGGAUGUUUUUUUAAGAGAAUAAAAUGAAAAAUCAUUAAAACAUAUGUAAUAAUCUUUUAAUAAUCUUAUUAAUAUUAUUAGUGGUAAUGGAUCAUUUGAUAAAGGAGGAAAAGGCAUAAACAUUGUGAAAUGGUAUUCUUAGGAGGAUGGAUUAAUAAAUAAAAAUAUAAUCUCUAUUAAUUGUAUGUAUAAAAAUGAUUAUUUAGAAGAAGUAUGGAUGAAACUAGAAGUAGAACAUUAAAACAAUUAUUGA